GUGUUCAGGUCAGAGGUCCACAUACACAGGAAGCGGUUGGCAGCUUUAGCAGUAGGGCUAAACUGUAGAAAAAUUAACGGGGUGAAGCGGCUCUAGAGCGGCUCAGUAACUCAGGAGGGCUGCGGGAAUGAUACCGCGAGCCUGUAAAGACGAGCAGCUGCCGGUGGCUCCGAGGCGGCGGGGUUAAACCCGGAGGAACGGCCGCGCUGCUGCUCUCUGUACCGGAUACUGGGCUCGGCGGUGUAUUAGCCGGUUAGCCGCUAGCUGCUGUUCUCCCGGUGUUUACUAUAUUAUAUAUAGCCUUAUAUGAUGUGGUGUCGGGUUUAUCUGUGGUUCAGGAAGAGCUCGGCGCGCUGCCUCGGCUUUACUGUGUUAAAUUAGCGGGUAAUAUAGUUAAAUGUGGGUGUGUGAGGAUGUUCUGGCGGGGCUGGUUUAUUAUGAAGUGCCUUACAGGCCGUGUGAUAUGAGCUCAGCCCUCUGAUGCCUCCCACGGAUUCACUUAAUACUGAACACCUCUGUCUUUAGUUCAGGAGCCCACAUACACGAUGAGUUCCAAAUUCGGCUUGAUCAACUACAACUCCCGAAAACACAUCUCCAUCUCCAUCCCCUCUUCUACAGAGGUGAUGUCCCCGCAUAUCAAAUCCGUAGAGGAGCUCAAAGUGCUGGGGAUCAACCUGAGCAGUUUCAACACUCCAACACAGUUCUUCAUUUGUGUGGCUGGAGUUUUUGUCUUUUACCUCAUCUAUGGGUACUUGCAGGAGCUGAUCUUUUCAGUAGAAGGAUUUAAGCCUUUUGGCUGGUACCUCACCCUCGUUCAGUUUGGGUUCUACUCUGUGUUUGGCCUGGUAGAGCUGCAGCUUACCCAGGACAAGCGGAGGAGGAUCCCAGGAAAAACAUAUAUGAUCAUAGCAUUUCUAACGGUUGGGACCAUGGGCCUUUCCAACACAUCACUGGGAUACUUGAACUAUCCGACGCAAGUCAUCUUCAAGUGCUGCAAACUCAUUCCAGUUAUGAUUGGAGGAGUUUUCAUACAAGGGAAACGGUACAACAUUGCAGAUGUGUCUGCUGCUCUGUGCAUGAGCCUGGGCCUCAUCUGGUUCACUCUGGCCGACAGCAAGGUUGCACCAAACUUCAAUGUGACAGGGGUUAUCCUUAUUUCUCUGGCACUUUGUGCCGAUGCUGCUAUUGGGAACGUGCAGGAAAAAGCCAUGAAAUUGCACAAUGGAUCCAACUCAGAAAUGGUUUUAUAUUCCUACUCUAUUGGGUUUGUGUAUAUUCUCCUGGGACUUCUGUGUAUUGGUGGAUUGGGUCCUGCUGUGGCCUUCUGUGCUCAGCAUCCAGUGACUACAUAUGGCUACGCGUUCUUCUUUUCUCUCACCGGCUACUUUGGCAUCUCUUUUGUUCUGGCCUUGAUAAAGCUCUUUGGAGCGCUGGUAGCAGUCACAGUUACAACAGGAAGAAAGGCCAUGACGAUCGUCUUGUCGUUUUUAUUCUUCACAAAACCUUUCACAUUUCAGUACAUAUGGGGAGGCCUGCUGGUAGUCUUUGGGAUCUUCCUCAAUGUCUACAGCAAAAACAGGGACAAAAUGAAGCUUCCCUCGUUUGCAGAGCUCCGGAAUCGAGUUCUCAGUGCCAAGAAGGGCCGAGCGCUCUCCCAGACUGUUUAAACAGAUAGACUUUACCUUACGGACCUGACGGAUCUCCACCUGAGUGGACUGGCCACGUCAUAAUGAGCUGGACCUGACGACUUGCUGUCACGUCCUGAAACAUCAGGAGCUUUCGAGGACAGAGCAAUGGACGACAUGGAUGCUGCUGUUGUUUUGUUUUUUGUUUUUUUAGCCAAAUUGCAAAGUUUUGCACUGGCCUAAGCCUACCUGGGCUUUGGUGGAGAACUCAUAUGGUGAAAGGAGCUCCAACAGUCUCAUCAUGUCCAGAAGAAGGGGUUGCCGAUUGAAGGGAAUCACUGUUGUAACGGAUUCUACCGUUGUAACUCUCUCUUUCACCUGCAUGUGCCGGCAGAAUGAUGGCAUCCUCUGAGACGGAAAGAAGUCAGUCAUUUCCAAACGCGUUUGUUUUAUUUAACUGUGAUUAGACAGGGAACAUGGGAAGCUACACGUCGGCAGUUUUGAAAGGUCGACGUUUGGGAGUGUAUCAGUGUGUCGGCUGCCAUAUUCGCUAUCCAUUUGUUUGGUGAAAGGGUAGCUCUUUUUACAUUAAAAACAAACUGGGAAGUUUA